UCAACCUUGAGAAGGCCAAGCAUCAUGAUUCGGACGUACAGCGCAGUCUUUUGCGUUCUAUCUUCAUCAUCAUCACCUGCAUCGCUGCAAUGGUGGUCAAUACCGCUAAUACCAGUUCUGUCUCUAUCUCGCUCCCAGCUAUUGAAAAGGACCUGAAUAUCACGGAAGUACAGUUGCAGUGGCUCGUAUCUGCCUAUUCGCUCAGUUCGGGCUGCCUUCUCUUGUUCUUUGGCAGAUUGGCGGAUGUCUGGUCGGAAAAAGGCGUUCAUGAUCGUUCCAUUUACACUGUCAUCACAAGUGGUAUUACCCUCAUCAUUUUGCGUGCCUUCCAAGGCCUAGGUACCGCCGCUACAAUACCGUCUGCAGUGAGUAUUUUGUAUACAUUGAACUGGAAUUCUCAUGCAGUUUGUCAGCUUGGUAUCCUGGCGCAUGCAUUCCCUCCGUCUAGAAUCCGUUCAAUAGCUUUCGCAACAUUUUUAGCGGGUGCUCCUGUCGGCGGCGCAUUUGGAAUGACCAUCGGUGGUGUCCUCACACAAAUAUCAUCGACGCACUGGCGCUCCCCAUUCUAUUUGGUUGCAGUAAUGUCUGCUCUAACGGGUAUUUCCGGUAUGAUUUCAUUCGAUGCAGAUGUGACUUCGACGGAAGCUGUCGACUGGAUCGGUGCUUCCCUCGUUACCAUUGGUUUGGUCCUGAUUGUAUUUGUACUUGGUCAAGGAGAAGUUGCUUCUCAAGGCUGGAAAACUCCAUAUAUUAUUAUCCUUCUAAUCGUCGGGAUUGUCAUGGUUUUGCUGUUCCUGCUUUGGGAGCGAUACUUGGAGCAAGCUAUAGAUGAUCCAUCAAGAGCACCGUCCGCAUGGUCACCACCGCCAUUGAUGAGGCUCUCGCUUUGGACGCGAGAAAAGGGCCGGAUGGCUGCUAUUCUUGCCAUUGCAUUCCUGAAUUGGUUUGGUUUCAUGAGCUGGAGCUUCUGGGUUCAGUUGUACUAUCAGAACUACCUUUUGCUUACACCUAUGCAAACUAUGCUCCGGUUCAUUCCAUUGUUCGUUGUCGGCUGUUUAUGCAACGUUCGUUGGCAAAUUGCCUUUGCGCUGACUUGUCGUCCAGUCAGCGGAACGCUACUGACAGCAUCUGCCGCCAUCCUGUUUGCGCUGAUUGACCCGACCGCAACGUAUUGGGCGUUUGGCUUCCCGGCCACGGUUAUUGUCGUAUUCGGGGCUGAUUUUGUGUACUCCUCUGGUACAAUUUUCAUCGCCAAGAUCACGCUUCCACACGAGCGCAGCGUGUCUGGAGCACUGUUUCAAACUGUGACACAGCUCGGCAUUGCAGUCGGACUUGCUGUAUCCACGCUUGUGUCCAACAUCGUGGUUAAAAACGAGUCUGCUGACGUUGGCGUCACUGUCAACUCUGCUGGAACCAACGCGCCCCGUUCCGCACAUCUUAAGGGUUAUAGAUCUGCGCAGUGGACUUGCGCUUCAUUUGCGCUUAUGGGUGAGUACUACUAAUUCGGCCUGCGUUGAGAAUGUCUUGCCAGUGCUGACAAUUUUUAUUGUCACGGUUAAUAGCUGCGCUGCUGGCAGCACUUUCCCUUCACGGUGUUGGGAUUGUUGGAGUCAAGAAAAUUACCAAGCAUGUUGACAUUGAUCAGACAAUAGCCAUGGGGUCCGAGUCCGAGGACGGCUAAAUACACCCAUUUUUAAAAAUAUCUAGCAGCGACACAUGCUGCUAUGGUCCCACCCCAUCCACUCUUUGCUCAAUCGUACCCUCAUUCCCGAAGCUCCAUACUACCUAUAUUCCUCUCUAGCAUUACAUUUUUCUGUCCUU